UCAUCUGUCAACAACAGCUCCACCCAGCCGUCCACAUCAAGGCACAUCUGCGUCUUCAUGUCAAGACGCUUCCAAGGUUGACUCUUCAAGGUUGACGCUUCCAAGGUUGAUUCUUGCAAGCUUAGCCUUUAUUCCCACUGUUGACUCUCAAGACAACUACUCUCAGCUUUCACCACUUUCGUUUACUUGCAGCAACAUGGCGCCUCCUCACAUGUUCAAGGCUUCCAAGCCUGCGUUCCAGCCCAAGGCUGGAGGAAAGCCCGUCGCCAGCCGAGUUGAGAAGACAAAGAGCCAUGCAAAGGUGGCAAAGCGAACGUUCUUCGCCAACGCGCUCACUUUCCGUCCCAAGGAGGCCGCGCCGGCCGACAGUCCCGCCGAUCCGAUGAUGCUGGAUUCUCCCGAGCCCGCUGCUACCGAGCCCGCUACUACCCAAUCCCCUACUACCCAGUCCCCUACUACCGAGCCUGCUCCUAUCGAGCCCGCGCCUACCGAGCCCGCUCCUACCGAGCCCGCGCCUACCGAGCCCGCGCCUACCGAGCCCGCGCCUAUCGAGCCCGCUUCCACCGACUCAGUGAUGGGAAACCCCCCCGUUGCAAGUGCCACGAGCGCAACUCAUGCCGCCGGCGAUGAGAACGAGGAAGAGGAUGAGCACGUCGAUAAGCCCUUCAAGCUCGGCGAUGGCAUUCCCAAGGCUGGCUUUCAGUUUCGUAAGGAGGGGCCUAGAGGGAGGUCGAUCCUGGGCAGAUUUGAGACCGAGAAUAUCGUAGUCGAGGCUCUCUACCCCGACAUGGACAUCAUCCACAAGAGCAAGGCGCAGGGGGUCAUCAGCCCCGUCUUCCACGAAGCCGCCAACAUGGUCGAGGAUGGUAUCAUUGAGGAGCAUUUGGUGAGGAUUGGAAAGCUCGUACCAGGACACAGCCGCCGCAUUUGGCGCUGGUUCUUUGGAAGGCUUUGGGUUGACAGCAAAUCGAAGUGGCCCCGAAGAUUGUCCCAGCAGCAAUUCAUCCACUUUGUCUCCUGUCUGGCGGAGGCUCGGUGGCGUGAGGAGAACUCUCCGAAGAAUCCCAAUGGGGAAAAGCCUGGACUGUUGGCCCAGAACGUCUCACUCUUCUUGAAUGUGGCGGAGGAGAAGGGAUUUGCUUGGUCGAACGGAGGAGAAGCCUUCGGUGAUAAGGAAGAGUAG